AUGUUAAGAAAUUUAGGAAGCGCAAGUAGGAGUCUCAAACGUACGUUCAUGUCAAGUAGGAUUACGAUGAAUAAGCCAGUUUUAUAUAGUGUACAGGAUACCGCAAGGGUGAUAACUUUGAACAGGGCUAAUAAGCUCAAUGCAUUGAAUACUGAGAUGUGUGAAUCCAUGUUCCACACGUUGAAUGAGUAUGCCAAAAGUGAUUGCAGCCAACUGAUCAUUUUGAAAUCAGCAAACCAACCUAGAGCAUUCUGUGCAGGUGGCGAUGUUGCCACAGUUGCAGUUCAAAACACCAGUGGUGAUGUUGUAGAUUCCCUCAAGUUUUUCACUUCUGAAUACUCAUUGAAUUUGCAAUUGGCCACAUAUGCUAAGCCGAUUGUUGCGAUCAUGGAUGGCAUAACGAUGGGUGGUGGCGUUGGUCUUUCGAUCCAUACGCCAUUUCGGAUUGCUACGGAAAACACAAAAUGGGCCAUGCCCGAGAUGGAUAUUGGGUUUUUUCCAGAUGUGGGUACGACGUUUGCGAUGCCAAGAAUACUGACCAUGGCUAACACGAAUUCUCAAAUGGCAUUGUAUCUUGCUUUGACCGGGGACGUAAUCGACGGAAAAGACGCUUACAUGAUGGGUCUAGCCUCGCAUUACGUUGAGCAUGAGAGAUUGGAAAGCUUACAAGCCAGAUUGGCAGAGUUGAAACCAGUCGCAGGACCAAAGAAUGAUUCUGAGUUAUUUUUCAGAAUGGUAAAUAAUGCUAUUGAAGAGUUUACUAGUUCGUUACCAGAGGGAUACAAUUUCAAAUUUACGAAGGAUCAAUUAGACGUCAUUGAAAAUUGUUUCGAUAUAAAGAAAGUUUUGUCUAUAAAGGACGUCUUUAAAUUUUUGGAUGACAUGAUUGCUGAUUCAUCUUCAAGUCAUGAAGCAAUAAACUUUAUAGAUGAAGUGAAGCAGAAAUUGUCUCAAAAAUCGCGAAUUUCAUCAGAAGUAGCUUUAAGACUUCUCCAAGAAAACUCUAUCGACAAUAUAGAAGGUGCAAUAAGAAGAGAUUUAUGUACUGCUGGUAAUUUUUGCUUGGCUUACUCGAAGGAGGGCAGUUCACCGGUGCAGUUUUCUGAGGCUACUAUCCAUAAACUAGUCAAGAAGCAAAAGACGCCGUACCCUUGGAAAUCUUCAGAGAAUCUUUCUUCCUCGCAAGUCACAUCCCUAAUAUCUCCUAAGCCGUCCAUUCCGGUCUCGUUGGUUAAGAGUUUUACAAACGUUACCUGGAAGCAAUAUCCCUACCAUUUGAAAUACCAAUUGCCAACAGAACAGACUAUCAUGAAACAAUUUGCAAGAAUGGCAGAGUCUUCAACAAUUACAAAGAAAGAUUUAAUAGCAUAUUUUACUAGUGUUGACGCGUCAACAAGAGGGAAAAUCGGAGUAGAGGAAAUAUGCAACAUAGUUAUUGACCGUAAAUGCUCUAUCGAUGAUUCCAACAACUUGACUUGGACUCAUAAAUAA